AUGUUUGCUAAGAUCGCCGUUAUCGCCGCCUGCGUCUUCGGCUUCGCCCAAGCUGGCGCUCUAGCCGGCUAUGGCGGGCUAGGCUAUGGCGCUGGCCUUGGCUACGGCGCUGGACUCGGCUACGGUGGCUACGGUGGCUACGGAGGCUAUGCUGGCUACGCCCCGGCUACUUCAUACGUGCACCGCGUUGACUACAACACUGACCAUGACCACCACGGGUACGGUGGUUACGGAGCUGGUUACGGUGGCUACGGAGCUGGUUACGGUGGCUACGGAGCUGGCUACGGCGGCUACGGUGGUGGCUACGGCGGCUACGGUGCUGGCUACGGCUAUGGCGGGUACGGUGGUUACGGAAACGGUCUCUAUGGCGGUUACGGCGGAUGGUAAUUAAAAAA